ACCGUGUUAAGGUGUUUAUCAGUGUUUAGUUUACGUUUCUGUUUUGUGUCUUCACCGAUGUGCAUAUAAUUAGUAAAAAUACUUUUGUAACACUCGACACAAGCGGUCGCAUAAAGACAAUUAUAGGAAAAUAAUAAGUUUAUGCCUUCUCAUAUCUUGCGCUAUGGAAAUGGUCAAAGUGUAAUUAAAGAAUAGUUUAUUCAAAAAACGUAUAAACCAUUAUAUAAUAAAAACCAGUGAUAAAAAAACUAAAUGCAAUCGAUUCGACUCCAUUUGUUUGCAAUCCGAUCAAAAAAGAAGGCUUUUGGGAGCUAGUUCUCCAUAACGUAAUAAAUGUUUACAUUAAUUGCUUUCAGUGCAAUAAAUACUGAGUUUAACAGAAUAGCUUGCUAAUAAUUCACUUAAAAGAAAAAUUAAGUAAAUACUGGUUUAAAAGUGUAAAAUAUUCUUUAAAUAAAAUACUAUAUAAUUAAUAUUUUGUACUUAAAUAUACCGCAAAAUUGGCUUCGCAAAGCUCUUUCCUCGAUAUUUACAUCAUGGCUUGGGAACAUGGCAGCUCCCCGGUGGAUUGGUGUGAGGGAAAUUAUCUGAUAUCUUCAAACAUAGCAGAAUUCGUGAAUACGACAAGUAAUUUUCUGUUUCUGCUCCUGCCGCCAGUCUUGAUAUGUUUAUUUAAGGAGUAUGGGCGCUUCGUAACACCUGGUAUACACGUCCUCUGGGUUCUACUUAUAAUAGUGGGUUUAAGCUCAAUGUACUUCCAUGCAACGCUCAGUUUAAUUGGUCAAUUACUUGAUGAGCUGGCGAUUUUGUGGGUUUUUAUGGCUGCUUACUCUUUGUUCUUCCCAAAAAAGUAUUAUCCAAAAGUCUUCCGUAAUGACCGGAAAACAUUCAGCGUGUUUAUGUUUCUUUCGGCGAUUUUCGCGACGGGCAUGUCGAUUUGGAAGCCCAUAGUUAAUGCGUUUGUACUAAUGGCUAUGGGCGUGCCAACAAUGAUAAUGAUGUAUCGUGAGCUGCAAAGAGUGCGAGAUCAGCGUGUUUAUCGGCUGGGCUUGCGUUGCACCGCCGUUUGGCUGGUUGCAGUCUUCUGUUGGAUCAACGACCGAAUGUUCUGCGACGCUUGGUCGGCUAUUAAUUUUCCAUAUCUGCAUGGUUUCUGGCAUAUAUUCAUAUUCAUUGCUGCAUAUACGGUUUUAGUUUUGUACGCGUACUUCUAUGUCGAAACCGAGUUGCCACAACGCCAACCGAUGCUAAAGUAUUGGCCUAAAAACGAUUUCGAAUUCGGCAUACCAUUCAUAUACAUACGAAAUCCGGGCAUGACCAUCAAGAGUGCCAUCUAAAAAAAAAAUAAAUACUUAUGUACGUGCGAAUAUACAUAUAGUACAUAUAUGUAUUAUAUACAAGUAUAUAGCUAUAUACAUAAUUAGUUGCACCGAAGAUGCGCCACUUAGAAAUUAGAAAGUAGACCAAAAAGACAAACUAAUAAGUACAUAUGUUAUAUAUCAAUUUUACAACACAUUUUUAUUAGUGCAAAAUUAUUAUGCAUAAGUUUAAGCAUGCAUACAUACAUGUGUAUGUAUGUAUGUUUCCAUAUGUCAAAAUAGCUUAUAAGUAUUACCUGUUGUAGCUGCGAAAGUACGAAAUUAUAGAUUUAGCUGCAAUAGAGAGUGUAGGUACAUAAAUAUAAACUACAUAUGUGAUGCCAAAUUUAAUUGUAUUCGUCUAACACUUGGCAGUUGUAAAUGAAAGCAAUUAGUUUUUUCUAAAAAUAUCUACCCACUAACAAGAAUUACUAUAUUUUCCAUAUAAAGUUGCGGUGAAUGUUUGAGCUUGUGGUUAAACUGUGCAAAAAGUGUCAUCUUUAUUUCUAAUAAAUGGCUUAAAUAUUGUAUAAAUGUGUUAUGUAAAAUAUAAUUUAGUUAUAAAUAUUGAAAAGCUUUUUUUAAUACCUAAGUUUAUAUGUUUUCAAUUAGUAUGCAAUGUAUAGCGUUGUUUUAAGAAAUACAAUAAAUAAUUAAUUUAUUUAAAUAGCUAUUAAAUUGUGCUCAAACCAAAUACUAAAUUAGUUUUUAACAUUAAAAUACAUAUAUGUACAUAUGUAUGUAUGUACUAUAUACAUAUAUUUCUAACAUCAAUCUGAUUGUAAUCCCCAAACCAGCUUAAUCUUUAAUUGUAGUAUGAGUUUCUUAUAUUAUACCAUAUUAUAAUUGUAUAUCAUUCAAAGCAGGAUUGCGCGUUUUUUAAUUUAAAAUCAUUUUUAUUUAAAAACUAGCUUUUAAAUUUUGAAUUAAAAUUGUUUUAUUUAAAAACUAGAUUUUAAUUUUAAAUACCAAUUUCAAGUAGAUUUAGAAUUUUUAGUUCCGCUUUGGGAUUAACAAUUAGAUAUUCAAGA